GCCCCAGAUGUUAAACCCUUCCUGCCCAGUGCCAUUAGUACAGCGUCAGUGCUUUUUAUUAGAACUGAUCACUGUAUUGGUGUCACUGGCGAUGUCAGUGACACCAAGUCAGUUCCCCUCAGUGUCAGAACGCCAGCCGCAGUCUCUCUAAGUCGCUGAUCACUGCCAUUACUAGUAAAAAUAAAAUCCCAGUAUCUAUACCGCCAUUUGUAAAUGCUAUAACUUUCACGUAAAAAACCAAAUUAAUUUCACAUAAACCAAUUAAUUUACACGUAUUGGGAUUUUUUUAAGCAAAGACAUGUAGCAGAAUACA